UUCAGUGCCCCGGGGGAUACAUACUGAUCUGUGGCUCAGCUCCUGAAGCACACAGCAUUCUUCCCGAAUGCACACAUCCAGAUUUUUCGGGUGUGAAAUAGAUAACAGUCCACGAAUACAGGGAAAACAGAAGAGAUCACAAUGAGGCUCAUUUUUUGCUGCAGUGCUUUACUUCUGCUCAUCCUUAUCCCCAGAGCCUGUCAUGGUGGCAACAUCUUGGUCUUGCCUGUUGAAGGCAGCCACUGGAUAAACAUGGAUAUUCUACUUCAAGCUUUGCACUCCAGAGGACACAGUAUAACUAUUUUGUGUUCAAGCAAAAGCUGGUACAUCAAGGAAAACUCCCCUUAUUACAAUGUGAUUACAGUUCCAGUGGAGAAGAGUUUAGAUCAAACGUUAAUUUCAAGAAUUGCAUCCGAGUUCAUAGAAUUUGAACGAGGGGCUCAACCCUUGAUGACUUAUCUCCACAUGACUGUAGGGAUGUUCGAAGUAAUUGUUGAAGCACACAGAGCUGUGGCUGAAUUUGCAACAGCAACGCUAGAUGAUAAGGAAUUGAUGAGAAACUUAAUGGACAGCAAGUUUGAUCUCCUACUCACUGACCCAUGCUGGGGUGGUGGAGUCAUCUUGGCCAAAUAUUUGAAGCUUCCUCUGGUUUAUAAUGUUCGCUGGCUAAUAGCUGGAGAGGCUCAUCUUGCCAUUGCUCCUUCACCCAUAUCCUAUAUUCCUAUUACAGGAUCUGGAAACACUGACAGGAUGAGCUUCUUUCAGAGAGUUAAAAACGUGUUUUUUCAUCUACUGUCUCAAACAAAAAAUCACAUGAUUAUCAGAGAAGUGUAUCAGAAAUUAUGUGAUAAAUACCUUGGACCUGAUAAUGACUAUAACCAGCUGCAACUUGACGCUGACAUUUGGCUGAUGAGAGUGGACUUUGUGUUUGAUUAUCCUCGGCCCACCAUGCCUAACGUUGUGUACAUGGGAGGGUUCCAGUGUAAACCUGCUAAACCUCUACCUCAACACUUGGAGGACUUUGUUCAGAGUUCUGGAGAGCAUGGAGUCAUCAUCAUGUCUCUGGGGACUUUUGUAAAUGAACUUCCUGCUGAUUUGGCAAAUGAGAUCGCUGCUGCUUUUGCUAAAUUACCUCAGAAAGUCAUCUGGAAGUAUACUGGUGACAGACCAGCCACUCUGGGUAACAACACCUUAAUGGUUGACUGGAUGCCACAGAAUGAUCUUUUAGGACACCCUAAGAUCGAACUGUUUGUUGCUCAUGGAGGAACAAACGGAGUCCAAGAAGCUAUUUAUCAUGGAGUCCCAGUUGUUGGUUUACCUGUGUUUUUUGACCAAUACGACAACCUGCUCCGUCUGAAAGACAGAGGAGGAGCUAAGAUCCUUACAUUAGCUACAGUGGACAAAGACGACAACUUCCUGAAGGCCAUCCAGGAAGUCCUGAACGAGCCCUCCUACAGGAUGAACAUGCAGAGACUGUCCAGGCUGCACAGAGAUCAGCCAAUAACAUCACUGGAGCGCGCCCUCUUCUGGAUAGAGUUUGUUAUGAGGCACAAAGGUGCAGCUCACCUGAAAGCAGAGUCGAUCAGGAUGCCCUGGUAUUCCUACUACUCUGUAGACGUAGCUCUCUUCUUGGGUGGAGUAUUUCUCAUUCUAUUUUUAAUUAUUUUGAUCUCCAUCAAAUGUUUAUUUACAGCAGUAUGGAAACACAAAAUGAAACGCGACUAAAGAAAAAUAUACUGUAUAUCUAAACAUAUUUGUAUCAGUCUAACAAUGGGUUUCAACAAUGUAGUAUUUAAACAGCCAAAACAUAUUUAAAAUGAGUUUCUAUUAUUUAGUUUAUUUUAUCUACGGUGCAUCUGCAUCAUCCUACAGAGUAACUUUUCUGCAUGUGGGUAGCUCCUUAAUGCCAAUUUGUUUCGUAUUUUUCCCAUAUCUGUCAACACAUAUGGACACAUAUUGUUGCUAUAAUCCUGUUGAGUUAUUAUAUAAAAUAUCAGGAUUUGCUGUCAUAAACUGAUGGAAGAAUGAUUUGCAGGGGAAAAGAAUUCUAGGACAUGUGGCUGACUUCUACAUGGCAGAUAAGAAAAGGAAGCUUAUGUCUAACCCCUAUUAUAUCACACUAUAAAUAGUUAGUAUGCGCAAUGUGGCAUCUUUGCCAUUGUUUGGCUUUAGAGCAAGAGCAGAGAUACACACACACAUUGACAUGUAUUCACAUCUAAAAUAUUUUUUUUCAUGUGUAAAUGCACCUAAAUAAAGUGCAGCAGGACUGUGUUUAUAUCUUGUUGAUGGAAGAAGGUUUAGUAAUGCUAUAGUAAUAAAAGAAAAGCGCAAGAAAAAUAUAUGUCAAUCACCAAAAUCUGUAACACUUAAGGCUCAUUUAAGGUACUGCGGAGUAUAGACUCUAUAGAGUACAGACUCUUGCAGUCUGCAUGCGCUGCACCACGUAGUUACGUUUGCACAGGGUCUAGUCAAGUCAAGUUGAUGCAGAAGAAAUCUGGACUCACCAGAACAAAUUACUUUCUUCCAUUGCUCCAGAGUCUGAUCUUUAUGCUCCCUAGCAAACUGAAGCCUUUUUUUUCUGGUUAGCCUCACUUACACAGGACCAAGUGGACUCGUGCCUGCUUCUUCAGUUAGAUGAUCUUCCAGGUAGCUCAGAAACUGACAGAUCUUGCCUUGGAGCUACGGCCUGGGAAGUCCACUACUAGAACAUCUCAGCUGUGUAGCACUUCAACCUCUCAGGUGCCCAGGAUCCGCGCUUCGUUCCAGUGUCGCCACUACAGAGACCCCUUUGACAUCCCACUCCUGAGUAUUGUGGAGUUCCUGAUUCUUAGUGUUGUGGAUCUCAUCUUGUCGAUCAGUUGAUGCUUCCUUUUGUUUGUUGUGGGUUUCCCUGGCCUAUCCCGCUGUCCGCACCUAGGUCAGCCUUUCCAGAGAGUUUUGUGGUGUUUGGUGUAAAACAUUUCUUCCUAAUCUUUCUAAUAUAUGAUUAUUGCAUGAUUAAUGUAUUUUUAUUGUAGAAAUGUUUCAUCUGUCUUAUAUAUGUCUCUCUCAUGUGUUUUACUUUGUGUCCUGUGUACUGUGGUGGUCUUUGUGGAAUAGAGACGUGCUGCUCCACUGGUUGAGAUAUCUGCUCUGCAGCUUCAAAGAUAUACUUGUUAAUUGUAAUUUUAAUUCAGUGUUGUUGACCCAUUAUUUGGACUGUGUAUGUGGCUGAUGUGCUGUUAAUUAUACUUAUAUAAUACUUAUAGUUAUGUUUCUAUCAUUUCAUUUUUAUAGUCCUUGUUCUGCCACAUACCAAACAGAUCUUUUUGAGCUUCUAGUAAAUACAAGAAACAUUUAAAGUGUCCUCAUGUAUAUGGAGGAACAAACGGGCUACAAGAAGCUAUUUAUCAUGGAGUCCCAGUUGUCGGUAUCCUUGUGUCUUUUGACCAAUACGACAACCUGCUCUGGAUGAACAUGCAGAGAAUCUCCAGGCUGCACAGAGAUCAGCCAAUAACAACAAUGGAGAGCGCCCUCUUCUGGGUAGAGUUUGUCAUGAGGCACAAAGUUGCCGCUCACCUGAAAGCAGUCGAUCAGGAUGUCCUUGUAUUCCUACUACUCUGUAGAUGUAACUCUCUUCUUGGGUGAAGCUAUGUUGCUCAUACUUUUAACCGUUUUCAUCUUUAUUAGGUGUUUAUUCACUGCAAUGUGUAAAUAUAAAGUGAAACAUGAUUAGCUAUCUGUCUAUCUACAUAUGUAACAGAGGGAAUGGUGAUAUAUUUUGUGACCUUGUACCAAAAACUGUUGAAGUAAAAUACUACUCUGAUAACUGUGGCAGUUGAAUGAGAGAGAGAGUUUGACGUCCUAUAGAAUGACUCAUGUACACAUUUCCCAGUGGGUGGAGUGUCUUAAAAGUG